AUGGCUCUCCACCUCCCUCUAUCUCUUGCAGCUCUCAGCAAGCCCCUUCCCUUUCUUUCUCUUUCUGUCCAUAUUCAUUGCCAUUUCUUUCAUGUUCAUAUUUAUUGCCAUUUCAUUCUGUACAUAUUCAUUGCCAUUUUGUUUCUGUUCAUAUUCAUUACCAUUUCUUUCUGUUCAUAUUUAUCGCCAUUUCUUUUCUGUGCAUAUUCAUUGCCAUUUCUUUCUGUUCAUAUUCAUCGCCAUUUCUUUUCUGUUCAUAUUCAUCGCCAUUUCUUUCUGUUCAUAUUAAUUGCUGUUUCUUUCUGUUCAUAUUCAUCGCCAUUUUGUUUCUGUUCAUAUUCAUCGCGAUUUAUGUCCUGUUCAUAUUCAUCGCCAUUUCUUUCUGUUCAUAUUCAUUGCCAUUUCUUUCUGUUCAUAUUUAUCGCCAUUUUGUUUCUGUUCAUAUUUAUUACCAUUUCUUUCUGUUCAUAUUUAUCGCCAUUUUGUUUCUGUUCAUAUUCAUUACCAUUUCUUUCUGUUCAUAUUUAUCGCCAUUUUGUUUCUGUUCAUAUUCAUUACCAUUUCUUUCUGUUCAUAUUUAUCGCCAUUUUGUUUCUGUUCAUAUUCAUUACCAUUUCUUUUCUGUUCAUAUUUAUCGCCAUUUCUUUUCUGUGCAUAUUCAUUGCCAUUUCUUUCUGUUCAUAUUCAUCGCCAUUUCUCUUCUGUUCAUAUUCAUCGCCAUUUCUUUCUGUUCAUAUUAAUUGCUGUUUUUUCUGUUCAUAUUCAUCGCCAUUUUGUUUCUGUUCAUAUUCAUUGCGAUUUAUGUCCUGUUCAUAUUCAUCGCCAUUUCUUUCUGUUCAUAUUCAUUGCCAUUUCUUUCUGUUCAUAUUUAUCGCCAUUUUGUUUCUGUUCAUAUUCAUUACCAUUUCUUUCUGUUCAUAUUUAUCGCCAUUUUGUUUCUGUUCAUAUUCAUUACCAUUUCUUUCUGUUCAUAUUUAUCGCCAUUUUGUUUCUGUUCAUAUUCAUUACCAUUUCUUUUUUCUGUUCAUAUUUAUCGCCAUUUUGUUUCUGUUCAUAUUCAUUACCAUUUCUUUCUGUUCAUAUUUAUCGCCAUUUUGUUUCUGUUCAUAUUCAUUACCAUUUCUUUCUGUUCAUAUUUAUCGCCAUUUCUUUUCUGUGCAUAUUCAUUGCCAUUUCUUUCUGUUCAUAUUCAUCGCCAUUUCUUUUCUGUUCAUAUUCAUCGCCAUUUCUUUCUGUUCAUAUUAA